CUCGUGUUGACUACGUCCAUGCCCUUUGUACAAACAGUCCGUUGCUCCUACCGAUUGAAUGAUCUGGUGAAGUGUUCGGAUCGCGGCCACUUGGAUGACCCAAAAAAACAUAUAAUUCAAAAACCUAUAGCGAAAACAAGCAAAGAGUGGAUGAGUAAAUAAAUGGCAUUGUUGUUGUUGACCUCACUCAAUCACCUAGUCUCAUUCUCACUCACUCGCUUGCCUUCUUCUUCCGCUCACAAUCUCUUCCUUUCUCGUUCCUUCUCUUCUUCGAUCAGACGAUUCAAUCGCUUCUCACUCAAACCACUUCGCUCCUUCGCAUCCAUGUCUUCUUCUUCCCCCGACGCUGCUCAGACUCCUCUAACCACCGCUCCUUAUGGCUCCUGGAAAUCUCCAAUCACCGCCGACAUCGUUUCCGGAGCUUCAAAGCGUCUUGGCGGCACCGCCGUCGAUUCUCAUGGCCGUCUCGUCUUGCUCGAGUCUCGCCCUAACGAAUCCGGGAGAGGAGUUUUGGUGCUACAAGGAGAAACAUCAAUUGAUAUUACUCCAAAAGACUUCGCUGUGAGAACUUUAACACAAGAAUACGGUGGUGGUGCUUUCCAGAUUUCAUCAGAUGAUACACUUGUGUUCUCUAAUUACAAGGAUCAGCGAUUGUACAAGCAAGACAUUACUGAUAAAGAUUCAUCUCCAAAGCCAAUUACUCCAGAUUAUGGUACACCAGCUGUUACUUAUGCAGAUGGAGUCUUUGAUUCACGCUUUAACCGUUAUGUUACUGUUAGGGAAGAUGGUCGCCAGGAUAGAUCAAACCCAAUUACAACAAUCGUGGAGGUUAAUCUAAGUGGAGAGACACUUGAAGAACCAAAAGUACUCGUAAGUGGCAAUGAUUUCUAUGCAUUUCCACGGUUGGAUCCCAAGUGUGAGCGAUUGGCAUGGAUUGAAUGGAGUCACCCUAAUAUGCCAUGGGAUAAAGCAGAGCUGUGGGUUGGGUACAUUUCCGAGGGCGGAAAUAUUGAUAAGCGCGUAUGUGUUGCUGGUUGUGAUCCCAAAUACGUCGAAUCACCCACUGAGCCGAAGUGGUCAUCAAGAGGGGAACUCUUUUUUGUAACUGACAGAAAGAAUGGAUGUUGGAAUAUUCAUAAAUGGAUUGAGAGUACCAAUGAGGUUGUUUCUGUAUAUCCUCUCGACGGUGAGUUUGCGAAACCACUAUGGAUUUUCGGUACUAACUCCUACGAGAUAAUCGAGUGUUCUGAAGAGAAGAACCUAAUUGCAUGCAGCUAUAGGCAGAAAGGGAAGUCAUAUCUAGGCAUUGUAGAUGAUUCACAGGGAUCAUGUUCUCUGCUCGAUAUUCCUUUAACGGAUUUUGACAGCAUUACAUUGGGAAAUCAGUGCCUUUAUGUUGAGGGAGCAUCAGCAGUUCUUCCACCAUCAGUUGCCAGGGUAACACUGGAUCAGCAUAAGACGAAAGCACUCAGUUCUGAGAUUGUUUGGUCGUCGUCACCCGAUGUUUUGAAGUACAAGGCUUACUUCAGCGUGCCAGAGUUGAUUGAAUUUCCAACAGAGGUUCCUGGUCAGAACGCUUAUGCAUACUUUUAUCCUCCAACCAAUCCGCUCUACAAUGCUAGCAUGGAAGAGAAACCUCCGUUGUUAGUGAAGAGUCAUGGAGGACCUACUGCUGAAUCACGUGGAUCCUUAAAUCUGAAUAUCCAAUACUGGACAAGUCGAGGUUGGGCAUUUGUUGAUGUCAAUUAUGGUGGAAGCACAGGUUAUGGUCGAGAGUAUCGAGAGCGGUUGUUAAGGCAGUGGGGAAUAGUCGACGUUGAUGACUGUUGUGGCUGUGCUAAAUACUUGGUAUCUUCUGGCAAGGCAGAUGUUAAGCGGCUCUGUAUAUCUGGCGGUUCUGCAGGAGGUUACACAACUCUUGCAUCAUUGGCGUUCAGGGAUGUUUUCAAAGCUGGAGCGUCCUUAUACGGAGUGGCUGAUUUAAAAAUGUUGAAAGAAGAAGGUCAUAAAUUUGAAUCCCGUUAUAUCGACAAUCUUGUUGGAGAUGAAAAAGAUUUCUAUGAGAGAUCACCAAUCAAUUUCGUCGAUAAGUUCUCUUGUCCCAUCAUCCUUUUCCAAGGACUAGAAGACAAGGUUGUAACUCCAGAUCAAUCACGUAAAAUCUAUGAAGCAUUAAAGAAAAAAGGUCUGCCUGUUGCUCUUGUCGAGUACGAAGGAGAACAACACGGUUUUCGCAAGGCGGAAAACAUCAAAUACACACUUGAGCAACAGAUGGUGUUCUUUGCCCGAGUGGUUGGAGGGUUCAAAGUUGCUGAUGACAUCACUCCUUUGAAAAUUGACAACUUCGACACUUAGAAAACGAUGCUUAAAUAGAUAUGUUUGGAAAAGAUUUGCUUUUUUUUUAUUAUUUAGAGAAAAUACAUGCUUGGACUAACGUUUUCGGAUAAUUUGUUCAUCAAAAGUCCAAAACCUUCUAUAUUCACUAGAAUGGGAAUGCCUAGGAGGUGGCUCGGCAAAUAACCACAGUGUUAAGGUCAAUGUUGGUUUGGGCCAAUGUUGCUUAACGUAUGUCUUUUCAGCUUUAGUCAUUAUCAUCGAAAUGGUUGAUGAAGCUGUCAGUGAUAUGAUAUCGGUAGUUGGUAUUACAAAUACGAUAUCAGUAUGGGCCUUGUCUUCUUCGAUGCACCAUUCAGGACAAAUCGUUAAGUCUUUGAUCCUUGUUUGCUGCUAAUUGCUCUCCAAUACUUCGCCACAGGUUUACUACCGUUGAAGCAACAAAGUACUCCAAAAUUGUAUUCUUGCAUGUAGUUGUAAGGGGUGAUUGGCUACUGACUUUCAAGACUUUAAAAGUAGGCUGAAGUCUUUUUUUUUUGCCAAUUAGGCUUUUUCUACUUAAUUUUUUUUGUAAGUUCUCAAAGUCUUUUUUAUUUUUUCUUCUUUAUUCUCUUUCUUUUUUAAAGCCUCAUAAACUAGAUUUUCAAUUUUUCUUAUUUUUUCUCCUAAUAAAUUAUUAAAAGUUUUUUUUAAUCUUCUCCCCAAAACAAUUAAAACUUCUCUACAAGUUUACAUGUACUUUUU